AUGCUCCGAUUCAGAAUCUACCCGAUCGCACUAGUCGCCGACAUGGAAAAAAUGUAUAGACGAAUUCGCGUACAUCCUAAUGAUACACCCUAUCAGCGAAUUUUCUGGAGAUUUAGUGACUCUGAACCCAUUCAUACUUACGAGCUGCUAACUGUCACCUACGGACUAGCUCCGUCCUCCUUUUUAGCAACGAGGACACUUCAGCAGCUAGCAGCAGACGAAGGUAGCAACUAUCCGUUGGCCGAGCCAAUUCUUCGCAAGGGAUUCUAUGUCGAUGAUUGCUUAGGUGGUGCACAAUCAAUUAGCGAAGCUUUACAGUUAAGAGCACAGCUUGAGGAGCUAUGUAAAAGAGGUGGAUUUGUUUUACGCAAAUGGACUUCAAAUAAGCUGGAAGUACUACAAGGACUUACGCAAGACCAAAUCGGUACGCAAUCGUCGCUGACAGUCACCCCAAACGAAGCUAUAAAGGCGCUGGGAAUCGGGUGGGAACCGGAGGCCGAUACACUGCGUUUUGAUUCUAAAAUCGACCAACCAAAUGAACGUUUGACAAAACGCUCAAUUUUGUCAUCUAUUUCACAGCUUUUCGACCCGUUAGGAUUGAUCACCCCUAUCGUCAUACGAGGCAAAAUGCUAAUGCAAGAUCUCUGGCUUGCACAGUGCGACUGGGACCAACAGGUACCACCAAGCAUCCAAGAUAGAUGGAAUAAGUAUUGUACCGAGCUGCCAGCAAUCGCAGAGUUUAGAGUAAACCGUUAA